CGCGGGGAAGGACCGGAACUCCGGGCUGGCGGCUUGUUGAUAAUAUGGCGGCGGGGCCUUUCUGGGCAUCUCGAGGAGGCUGUGGGGCCCACACCUGGAGGAAGGGUCUCUUUUCGGGCUAGUGUGGCAGCCGCUGCAGACCCGGACGUCCGGGCCUGUUGCUGAAUGAGGGGAGCCGGGCCCUCCCCGCGACAGUCCCCCCGCGCCCUUCGACCCGACCCGGGCCCUGCCAUGUCCUUCUUCCGGCGGAAAGUGAAAGGCAGAGAACAAGAUAAGACCUCAGAUGCCAAGACAGUUAAAGCCUCAAUAUCCGUACAUUCCCCACAAAAAAGCACUAAAAAUCAUGCCUUGCUGGAGGCUGCAGGACCAAGUCAUGUUGCAAUCAAUGCCAUUUCUGCCAACAUGGACUCCUUUUCAAGUAGCAGGACAGCAACACUUAAGAAGCAGCCAAGCCACAUGGAGGCCGCUCAUUUUGGUGACUUGGGCAGGUCUUGUCUGGACUACCAGAUUCAAGAGGCCAAAUCCAGCCUUUCAAAGACCCUUGAACAAGUGUUGCAUGACACUGUUGUCCUCCCUUACUUUAUUCAAUUCAUGGAACUGCGGAGAAUGGAGCAUUUGGUGAAGUUUUGGUUAGAAGCUGAAAGUUUUCACUCCACGACGUGGUCCCGAAUAAGAGCACACAGUCUGAACACAGUGAAGCAGAGCUCAUUGGCUGAGCCGGUCUCUCCAUCUAAAAAGCAAGAAACUGCAACAUCUUUUGUAACUGAGUCUCUUGACAAGGGAUUAGAGGAUUCUAGCUCAGCCCAGUUGCUUAUGACUCAAUCAGAAGGAACUGAUCUAAAUUAUAGAACUAGCAACACCGAGAAUCACUUGCUCCUUUCCCAGAAAUGUGACAGUGCCCAUUCUUUCCACCUUGAAAUGGCCAGAAGAGAAGCUCAGGAAGUUUCCGUGGAAACCCAAGAAUCCUCCCCAAGACUUAAAGUAGCCAGGACAAAUAGUCUCUCUUCUCCACUAAAGGAAUUAUCAGGAAAACUAAUGAAAAGUAUAGAACAAGAUGCAGUGAAUACUUUUACCAAAUAUAUAUCUCCAGAUGCUGCUAAACCAAUACCAAUUACAGAAGCAAUGAGAAACGAUAUUAUAGCAAAGAUUUGUGGAGAAGAUGGACAGGUGAAUCCCAACUGUUUUGUUUCAGCACAGUCCAUAGUCUUUAGUGCAAUGGAGCAAGAGCACUUUAGUGAUUUUCUGCGAAGUCAUCAUUUCUGUAAAUACCAGAUUGAAGUGUUGACCAGUGGGACUGUUUACCUGGCUGAUAUUCUCUUCUGUGAGUCAGCCCUCUUUUAUUUCUCUGAGUACAUGGAAAAAGAAGAUGCAGUGAAUAUCUUACAGUUUUGGUUGGCAGCAGAUAACUUCCAGUCUCAGCUUGCUGCCAAAAAGGGCCAGUAUGAUGGACAGGAGGCACAGAACGAUGCCAUGAUUUUAUAUGACAAGUACUUCUCCCUGCAGGCCACACAUCCUCUUGGAUUCGAUGACGCUGUGAGAUUAGAAAUUGAAUCUAAUAUCUGCAGGGAAGGUGGGCCGCUCCCUAACUGUUUUACAACUCCAUUACGUCAGGCAUGGACAACCAUGGAGAAGGUGUUUUUGCCUGGCUUUUUGUCCAGCAACCUUUAUUAUAAAUACUUGAAUGAUCUGAUCCACUCAGUUCGAGGGGAUGCGUUUCUGGGAGGGAAUGCCUCGCUGACUGCUGCCGGCUCUGGCCCUCCUGACGACCCUCCCCAAGGCGGUGCUGACAGCUUGGCAUCUCAGACCAAUGUGAAAAAAGCUAGUGUUAAAAUUCUGAAAAAUUUUGAUGAAGCAAUAAUUGUGGAUGCUGCAAGUCUGGAUCCAGAAUCUUUGUAUCAACGGACAUAUGCAGGGAAGAUGACAUUUGGAAGAGUCAGUGAUGUGGGACAAUUCAUCCGGGAAUCUGAGCCUGAACCUGAUGUAAAGAAAUCAAAAGGAUCCAUGUUCUCACAAGCUAUGAAGAAAUGGGUGCAAGGAAAUACUGAUGAGGCUCAAGAAGAGCUAGCUUGGAAGAUUGCUAAAAUGAUUGUUAGUGAUGUUAUGCAGCAGGCCCAAUGUGAUCAACCAUUAGAGAAGUCUACAAAGGCUGCUGCCCCAGUGCUUGAGCUUAGAGGGAGUGAGUUGGACUAAGUCUGCAGCUAUGACUCAAUACCUGAGAUAAAGGAAAUCUGCUUUUGAAAAAUAAGAGAAUGUUUUUCCUUUGGUUGGAUUCUUAACACAGCCAGUGAAAACAAAGCACUGUAUUUCUUUUCUCUGAUUUAUCAACUGUUGUUCCCAAGAAAGAAUGGCAGACAAUCCUAGACUUCCACCAUAAACAGAGUGACAUGUAGACAUAUUUGCUGCACAUCAUGAUCACAAGUGACAGUUAUAAAGAGACAAAGUGGUAUUGUUUACAUUAUAGAAGAUUGGUAGUUUUCCAAUGGCAAUAACCCACUUACAGGAGAGUUUUAGUCACUGGAACAGACAGGGACCACAUACUGUGGCAGGCACACAAGCAUAGCACUGGUAUUUGAUGCACAUCCCGUAGUGGUAACCAGUCCUUAACAGCACCAUAAAGCAGGUACCCAAGGGGCUUUGCUUUGGCCUCUUGAAAUGAAUGGGAGUGAGCCCCUCUGAGAGCCAGGAGGCUCCGAGUGGCAGUGCGGUGCCAGCAGAUGUUUUCCUUCCAUGCAUUGGGGUGGAAGAUCAUUGUAUAGGCUGCCUUCACAGAGGCAUUGAUUUGGAAGAAAUUUAUAAUGUCACAGGUCAGGUCUCAGUGACAUGGUCCUUCCUUUUGCUGGCAGUAUACAAUUCUCACAUCUUAACUGCUCCUGAGAUGCCAUGUACUUAAAGCCAGUCUUCCCCUGGUAACCAUAGGGUGCAUCGGCUUGAUUUUGAGCAUUAGGACUUGCUCCUCUGGAAUUCUGUGCUCCAGUUUACUUAACUUUCCCUUCAGGAUGCAUGUGGAAAGGAGUAAAUAAUAAUGAUCACUCCAUUGUCCCUGCUGUGGGGCCUGGGACAAAAUGUUUAUUCCCAAAUUGUGUGAGGAAGGGGAACAGGCAGAGGUUGAGGGGAGGAAAAGCAGUCAGUUUUGACUGCCUCCCCUUUCUUUGCUCUGAGCUGGGAAGUAUGCAGUUAUGGCCUUUUUCUUGUCUGUCUUCAGAAGAGGGAGAGACUGCCCAUUGCACUCAGGCUCGGUCGGCUUCGGGUCUGGACUGCGCCUCGGUCAGCAGGGUGCCCCGCAGCAGACACACUCCACUGGCUGGGUGAGGCCAACACUUCCACACCAUAUGUGGCUGUUGGAGGGGAAAGAAUGUUGUCUUAGGUGUCACUGCUUUAUGCUCAGACUUUGCAAAAAAUAUAUACAUAUAUUAAAUUAUUAGUCACCUCUGUCCUUGAGGAAGUCUCAAAUGAAUAGAGAAUUUAUUCCUUUGCAAUAUUUGACUGUGUAGAGAGAGGCACACUGUUUCAUCCACAGAAGAAGCAAAAAGGCUGUGUGUAAGUUUUUGGUACUAUGUACCACCUCUGUUAUUCUUCUAAAGCUGAAGUGUUAAUGUACUUAAAUCAUACUCUAUUUAAUUGUGUUUGAUUUUAAAUAUAUAUAUAUAUGAAUUAUAUUUAAAAUUGUGUCAACUUUUCUGCUUUCAGGGCAUUUAUAGCUCUUCUAUUAAAAUGUGUAAAUUCUUCCAAACAUUUCCAUUUGCUUUACAAAAGACCCAGAACAUGAGCCACUGCCAGACUCAGCCUUGUGUUUGGAGCAUAUGGUGUAGACCUGAGGUUUUAUGAGUAUAAAAUGUGGUUUCGGGUGACCCUUGCUGUCUCUGUCUCUGCAUGCCUUGGAAUAACAAUUUCUGUGAAGCUCUAGGCUAUUUAAAUUAGUGCUUUCAGGUACGGUAUUAUUUAGUCAUUUCUUUGUAUACAUUUUGUGCUUUUGAGCUAGAGAUAUCAGUAGUUGUAGGGUUCUUCUAAGAAGAAGAACAGCAAGCUUGAGACUCAGUUUUUUCAUCCCCUCCUGCUGUGGGACAUAGAAGCAGAAUGUGUCCUGAAAUACCAGCUAGAUGUAAUAUUUGAUCUAAAGUAGAUCCUUGUACUUAUUUUCCAUUGGAAUUGGACUCACCUAACAUGGAUCACCCUGUGUUCCAAGCUCUGUGCAGUGUGCCCACAAAUUAUGACUCCCUGACGGGAUGCUUUUAGGUUCAAGGAAUUAGUUGGCUGACUGUCCAUCCCUAUUACAUUGUUGAGAUCAACACAAGUUGUUAGACAAAAUGUUAGUGGGAAAAUGGUACCUUUUGUAAGUCAAUGUAUGUCUGUCACUCCUAUAAGAUUUAAUGAAAGUAAAGCACAAAUGAGAGCCAAGUCCAGCAAAGAGCAAUGAAACAGGAAGCAGUGUUUUCUGUUUCUGUUUGGCUGCAAUUUUCAGUAGAGGUUUAUUGAAUGUGAGUAAUUUAUUGUGCUGGAACUUUGAUUAAACAGGAAUUUGGAGGGGAGGUCACUCUGAAUUGUAGAAAAUUACACGUGCAGCUGUUUAAGUACUGGUAGCUAAGCAUCUAAGUGGCUGGCCUCUCUUUCAUGACAGUCAGGGUACCUGCCUGACUCACACGGGCCCCACCCUCCCCUUCCCAUGUACCUGUUAAUUGAACCCCAGAUUGAACUCCUGAUCCAAACAGGCCCAAGAAAAUUCUUCAUCUUAAGAAUUUUGCUGGGCACACGAGGGAUACCAGCCAACAUUUCACAAGUUGGAACCUGGAGCCAGCAUUGCAGGCACAAGCAGAGGGUUAGACGUGGAAAUGCAGAGAGGGCAUUGUUCUGAGGGAGCAGUGCCUUGGGCACUUGAGGACUCAGCUGAGUUGUGAACUGAGUCGCACACCCUUGCUGAGGACGCCAUGAGCCCCUUGGGUAGCCCUAGAAUGAAUUUUAGCUUUUUGAAACUCAGUCUAAAGUGAGUUUAUAUUAUCUGCACUCAGAAGGCCCUUGAUUAAAAUACUACCAGACUGCUCCAGUUACUAAUGACUA